AUGAACAAAGGACAUGAAGAUUUGGAAAAUAUAAAUUUAGCAAAAUUCGUUGCAAACUAUACACCUCACCCAAAUGGUACUUACAUAAAAAGAAAACAAUCGCGGGUAAUCCGUUACAGAAAUUAUAUGGGAGAUGAUUUGAAUGAAUAUAAAAGGGAAACGGUGACUUUGUAUUGUCCUUUUCGAAACGAAGCUAUGGAAAUAAUAGCUGAAUCAAAAUACAUUGAAAUAAACGACACCAAUGAAGACUUGAUACUACGUAACCGUCAGGAAUUUGAAGCCAAUUUGGAUAUUCAGAAAGUCAUUGAAAUUUGUAGAAAUUUAUACCGGGAAGACGAAGGGUCUUUUGGAGAUGAUGAAUCACAUGAAGUUGGCAACGUAUUGGAGGAGCCCAAUCCAUUCGAGGCGUUAUAUAACAAUCCUGGUGCUGAUAUGAAUAAUGACUUGCGUCUGGCUGUUCUCAAUAAACUUGGUCCAAUUGCAAAGAAACGAGAAAACCUGAUGGACCGUAAUCAGUUCUAUGAAUUAAUGCAAAGUACAAAUGAAAAACAAAGAGGACUUCUGAUGGAAGUGAUCAAACAUCUUCUUUCCCCAAACGAUUCACCUUUUCAAAUAUUUUUCACUGGUCCAGCUGGAUGUGGCAAAACAUUUGUCAUAAAAUUACUUAUGGAGAUAUAUAAUCGCUAUACAGAUAACGAUGGACACUGCAAUGCUUAUAUCACCUGUGCUUCUACUGGAAAAGCAGCUGUUGCAAUUGAUGGUACCACACUGCACACAGCUUUCAAAAUAUCUAUUGCAGCAUUGAUGUCACUAUCUUUUGAAACUGUUUGUCAAUAUCGUGCAUUAUUUAAAUAUGUCAAAGUAAUCAUCAUUGACGAAAUAAGCAUGAUAAGUGCUGAAUUAUUAUCUAAAACUAACACGCGAUUACAACAAAUAACUGGUGAUUUUAAAACAUCUUUUGGAUCACUAGAUGUAAUUUUUAUUGGUGAUUUACGGCAACUACCACCAGUUCGAGCUACUUCAAUUUAUUUACCUAUCAAAAGGACAAUAAUUGGGCCAACAUUAUGGCUAUAUAAUGAGUUAGAUUAUAUGAGUUAG